AUGACAACAACCAAAGACCCCAAGGAACAGCCACCAGCCAACAACAACAACAAACAGUCGCAAUCUAAGAAUGGCGUCGCCGGAGGAUUAAUGAAACGACUUCGUCGCUCUGCCUCGGCAACCGAACACAAUUUGACCAAUCUAAGAAAUCGAAAAUCGACGCAGAACCUUUUCGAUCAACACGGCAAUCCCAUUGACCUGCAGCAGUAUCGCAAGGUGCUCGAUAAGGAUGAGAAUGGAAAUGGCACCAGCGAGAAGAAGCUGCGCUAUCGACGCACUCAGAGUGUCACACGUGCCGAGGAGAUCUCCAACAAGGAGGCCAAACAGCGCAAGGCACAGCCCGACAGAUCCAUACAUCGUCCCCGCGAUUCAUUAUUCUCCUGGAGCUCGGGUUUUACGAACUUUACGGGUCUCGUCAACUGGGGCUUUUUGCUUCUUUGCAUUGGUGGCCUGCGCUUGGGUCUAGAAAACUUCCUCAAAUAUGGCAUACGCGUCAAUCCCAUUGACUGGUAUUUCUUUUUGAGCGGACGUAACGAGGGUGAAGGACACAAUGCUUUGCUGCUCAUCAUUUACUCUAUGGUGCACAUAUCGCUGUGCCUGGCUGUCGAAAAAGGACUUGCCUUGGAAAUAAUUUCUGAAGGUCUUGGCAUGGUUAUACAAAUCUCAAACGUUGUUGUGUCGGUUUGCUUGCCUGUGGUGAUUAUACAUUUGAAGGGAUCAGCAUUUAGCAUAAUGGGAGCAACCACAGUGUGUUUUUUCUAUUCCGUAUUGUUCCUGAAGUUGUGGAGUUAUGUGCAGACCAAUAUGUGGUGUCGUCAGACCUAUUAUCAAAGGCAGCCACGUGAACGCCGACCAAGCAUCACAUUAGCUGAACUCAAAAAAAGAAAAAUGAAUGAAGGCGAGGAGGAUGAAGACGUUACCAAAUUGGUGCAAUACCCAGAAAACUUGACCUAUAAAGAUAUUAUGUACUUCCUUUGUGCUCCCACUCUAUGCUAUGAACUCAAUUUCCCACGAACAUCUCGUGUUCGAAAGCAUUUCCUCUUGAAACGUCUGCUGGAGGUGCUCAUUGGCGUCAAUGUGGUGAUGGCAUUGUUCCAACAAUGGAUUAUUCCUUCGGUGCGCAACUCCUUGGUUCCGUUCUCCAACAUGGACAUUGGCUUGGCCACCGAACGUCUACUUAAACUUGCUCUGCCCAAUCACUUGGCCUGGCUGUGCUUUUUCUAUCUGCUCUUCCAUUCGUUUUUAAAUGCUCUGGGCGAAGUGCUGAACUUUGCCGAUCGCAACUUCUACUGUGAUUGGUGGAAUGCCAACAAUAUUGACACUUUCUGGCGUACUUGGAAUAUGCCUGUGCAUCGUUGGUGUGUGCGUCAUCUUUACAUUCCCGUUGUCCAAAUGGGUUACUCCUCUCGCCAGGCAUCCACAAUCGUCUUUCUGUUCAGCGCAUUUUUCCAUGAAUAUUUGGUAUCAGUUCCACUGCAAACGUACAAAAUUUGGGCAUUCCUGGGCAUGAUGGGCCAGAUACCACUAUCGGCCAUAUCCAAAUAUGUGGAACGUCGAUUGGGUCCUCGUAUGGGAAAUAUUAUUGUUUGGGCAUCGAUUAUUUUGGGCCAACCGUUGUGCAUUAUGGCAUACUAUCAUGAUUAUGUGAUUACACACUUCCAGACUGCGCUCAAUGGCACUGAUUAUCAGCAAUAGUUUAUAUAUAGACUUUUGGGGGAUAUUCAACACACACACACAAUCUGGUCUGUACUUUUUUUAAUUUAUAAGCCAAAUUUGCAAGUUGAGAAAACUUGAAUGCCACAUAUACAAAUCAAUUUUUGUAGUCUUGAACAUGCAUAUAGUACUGAGUAACAGCAAUUUGAUUGUCAUUUUGUUAAUGAUUUUAAGCUCAUGUAAAUAAAGAAAAUGGAUAUUGAGUUGUUUCUAUUA